CUUUUCCUGUAAAAGUGUAAAUUCCUGCAACCAAUUGGUUAUGUGUUUGUAUCAUCUUUGAUGGCACUUUGUUUACAUCACGUUUACAUGUAAAUUGUGACAAUUUAUAAUGAUUGUAAACACGGAAAAAAUGGAAGAAUUAAAUACAAGGAGAAAAAUAUUAAAUCGCGUAAUUUGUACAUUGUUAGUGGAAUCAGGUUACGACACCGCCGAGAAGCAAUGUGUCGAAGUUUUGACAGAAAUGCUUCAGUCUUUUAUCGUCGAAAUGGGACAAUCUUCAAGAAAUUAUUGUGAACUGGCCGGAAGAACGGAAGUCCUUAUAGCGGACCUUAUUUUGGCUUUAGUGAAUGCCGGAAUUCGAACAGAUGACAUCAGCACUUAUGCGAACAGAUCGAACAGAUCUAUUUUGCCGCAAUUGCAGCAGCAAACGCAAACAAAGCAGUUAAAUAUUUUACAAGCUGGAGUGAAACAAAAUCAUCCUGCUCACAUACCUAGUCAUUUGCCAGCUCUUCCUGAUCCACACGCCUACAUUAGAACUCCCACCCACAAGCAACCCGUUACGGAAUACGAAGCUAUAAGAGAAAAAGUUGCUAACCAAAAGCGUGACAUCGAAAGAGCGUUAACGAGAUUCGUCGCGAAAACUGGCGAAACACAUAGUUUAUUUCUUACUGAAGAUAACAGUAUGUUUCCCUUGAUUGCCUGUAAACCACAGCAUCCAAGUUAUCUCACUGCGCUCCUGCCUACAGAUCAAGUAUUUGAUCAAGAGACAGAGGAGCAGUUUGAGCCGAAACCUGUUAAAAGAAAGAAGCCGGAAAAGAAGGAAGUUGAAGAAGAAGUAAAGGCGAAAGUCGAUCCCGUUGAUCAAAACGAAGAAACAACGACUCAACAGGAUACGAUUGACAAUCCGUACUUGAGGCCAGUACAAAUUCCCAAGAAUAUAGUGACCGAGUCCUAAAUAUGGGAAAUUAAUUAAGGAAAUAAAGUAAACCGUUUGGUUUGUUAUGUAAAUUAAUAAAAGCUUUUUUAUUAUACCAUGUAUAUAGCAAGUUUAGUAAACAAUAAAUAUAAAAUUUCUAUUAUCAACA